ACCCUGGGACUCUAAGGGUGCCGGAGAUCGAGAAAGAAAAAGAAAGGUUUGACAUGGACGCGGUCAUCGAAGUCGGCCGGUCUUCUGUCAUAUCGAAGCACAUCGCCAAUCUCUGCACGGAGGCGAGCGAUGCGACCUACACGCGGCGCGCUGAUAUAAACGCGUGGGCGUCGUUACCUAGGAGGACUGAGAUGAUAAGGCUGCUCGGCUCUGUGAGAGAGACCCCGCUGGCGAGUUCAACUUGCAGAGAAGCGAAGGGGAUGUGGGCCCCGUGCACGUGUAGGCUCGAAACCUGCAUUGGAUGGUACCCUUGCGGUCUCAAGUACUGCCGUUCCAAAGACGGCUCUUCUUACAGGUGUGGUAUCAGGACCUGCCGAAAGUGCCAUCUCUAUUCUUAUUAUGUGCGUCAAAAACAACUCUGCCUUUGGGACGAAUGACAGUUGCCAGAUCAAACUUCGCCGCUUGCUGAACAAAGCCCAAUCUAAGGGGAAAAGCAGGGCGUGGCGAUGAAAUAAGUUAAGUCUGAUCGAGAUGAACAUAAAAAAGAAUGGAUCUCAGCUUUCCACCGCCAAACAUCUUUUAAAUAAUAUUAUUUUAUUUAUUUAAUUAUUUUUAUAAAUAAGAAUAGUUGUUUAAAUGGGAACAUUAUUUUUAUAGUUUUUAGCCUAUAUGUUAAUGUUACUUUGCAAUUAACUUAAGUAAUAAACACAGUUGAAUUUUGAGAAAUAUCUGUUGUAGUUUAUUUGCGUAUUAAAUUCGUUAUAUACUUUGUAUUGUUGUAAAUUUAUAAUUUUAUUUCAAAUACUGGAACAAUAACUAUAAUAAGACUCAGGUGGAAAUACAUUUCUUUUCUGUAUAUACUUUUUGGAAGUACCAAUAAACCUCUAAGUUUACA